UAGCGGAGUCGAUGGGGGAGCCGCGGCCGUUGAUCCCGCGCCGUGUGGACCCAAGGCACUUUAUUGAGAUGGCAGCUGUUACUCCAAGAAAAAGGAAUCGUAGUUCUACUAGCUCUGAUAGCGUGUUCUUAGCACUUGGGACUCCAGCAAAAAAAUUGAUGAUGGACAUCACUGUGGAUCUGUCUCCAGUCAAGACAUCUACAAAUCGGACCUUUGCUUCUCGAACAAAAUGGUCACCUAGAUUCAGUGAUGAGGAUAAAGAAAACCAGGCUUCGCCUCUGAAAUCCUCCAUGUCCAGGAAGCUUGAUAAUUCCCCACUUCAAAUAGCCAGCAUCCCAAUGACCGCAUGUAGGGAGUUCCUGGGUAAAGUGUCUCCAAAGUCUGGUUCCCCAUACAAGCCCAUUGUGCCCGCGGCAUCUUUCUACAGCAAAGAAAACCGGUACCUCACCCCACUGGAGAGGAAACUGGUAAAUGAAAGCCGCCCUCUUAGUUGGAGGGACGAUGAUGGAGACCUCCCCAGUGCCAAUAGGACGGAGAAAGUACAGGGAAAUAUGAACCUCAUCAGGAAUGCAAGCUCAAAAACAGCCAAACGUCAGACUGAUUCUAAGCACACCAAGACUUUACCAAGAAACUCUAAGAAAGCCAAGGUAGAUAUAGCCCCUGUCAAACCUGUUGUGGAAAAGGAAAACAUUAUUCGUCCAAUUGAAAAGAAAAUGGAGGCUCCUUUCCGAGUCCUAAGCAUGAAAAUGAAACCCCUGCUGAAGCUCCAGAUGGGAGCAGCAUUCUUUUCCACUGGGAAGAAAUCCCAUUCUGGUCCUAAAAAGCUGCCUUCAGGCCUUAAACCCUCCCAGCUUCUCUCUAGUUCUGCAGCAGAGGGUGACCAGCUGAGACGAUCUGGAGAUACAGAGUUUCACUCCGAUGAUAAAAAGGAAGUUGCCAAGGCCAGUGAGGUAUCAAAACAUGCAAGUGUGCCCCAGAAGAAGGGGAAUGAAGAUAUAGAGGAGGAUAGGGAGAAAUUGGCCAAUAGCAUAAGUCAAAAGAAGGUCAUUCACAAAUUGAAGAUCUCAAUGCAGAAAAUUGAAUUGAUCCCAUUUAGUCGCUCUGAUUCCUCAAAGCCUUUGACUCCAGAGGAGACUGAUACAAGGAACCUGAAUGUGGAUGAAGCUGGAUCUUCCAUAAACUGUGAGUUGGACGAUCAAGAGAAUAUUCCUUUCAGUCAGUCUCCAACAGAGAAUAAUAAAGUGUCCCCUUCAGCAGAUGUUGUCUAUCCCAUAUUCAGUACACCCUCAGUCAACAAAACAAGACCACAGCCUUUCCCAGAUGAUCUGGCUUCUCCCCUGGGAUUCAGCCCACCUACAAAAAUGGUUCAUACCUUCCAGAAAACCAGCAAGAAAACAAAAGAACUAAGCAAAGACUUUAAAGACCAGAUGAUCAUUGACGCUGGACAGAAGCAUUUUGGUGCCAUCAUAUGCAAAUCAUGUGGCAUGAUCUAUACAGCUGCCAGCCCAGAGGAUGAAGCCCAACACAUCCAGCAUCACCAGCGGUUCCUUGAGGGAAUUAAAUAUGUGGGUUGGAAGAAAGAGCGUGUUGUUGCAGAGUUCUGGGAUGGGAAAAUGGUUUUGGUCCUUCCAGAUGAUCCAAAAUAUGCCACCAAAAAGGCAGAAGAUGUGCGAGAACUUGUAGAUAAUGAACUGGGAUUUAAACAAAUUGUGUUAAGCUGCCCAUCCAAGAUUAAAACCUACUUUUUUGUGUCCAAUGAAAGGAAGAUAGUUGGUUGUUUAAUUGCUGAACAAAUCAAACAGGCAUUCCGGGUGCUGUCUGAGCCGAAUGUUCCACAGUCCCCUAAUCAGGAUGUCCUGCAGCACCAUCGUGCCUGGCGUUGCUCCAUAAAGCCGGAAGCUGCCAUUUGUGGGAUCAGUAGAAUCUGGGUGUUCAGCCUGAUGCGGAGAAGAGGCAUUGCACGUCGUAUGGUGGAUGUAGUCAGAAACACAUUCAUGUAUGGCUGUUACCUAAGCACUGAUGAAAUCGCCUUCUCUGACCCAACACCAGAUGGCAAGCUGUUUGCAACCAAAUACUGCCAAACCCCUAACUUCCUUGUUUACAAUUUUAUUAGUUAA